UCCAGUAUGUCCCAGAAGAGAGCUCCCGACAGGCCGGGACCAGGAAGUAAGAGGAGCAGAGCAGACCCUGAGGGGCUGGGAGAGGGGGCCCUAGUCCCCGGCGGCAUCAUGAAGAUUGAGCUUCAGAACUUUAUGUGUCACACAUUUUUUGAGGUCGAGUUUUGUUCCACCGUCAACUUUGUCGUCGGAAGAAAUGGAAGCGGUAAAUCAGCUAUCUUGAUGGCGCUUGUCAUUGGACUUGGCGGGAAAAGCUCCGCUACAAACCGAGCUCCAAACAUGACAGAGUUCAUCAAGCAAGGUUCGAGUUGGGGCCAAGUUACCAUCACAAUCUGCAACUCUAAUCAUAAUCACGAUGCUUGGGAAGUUGAGCUAUAUGGAUCUGCUGUGCUGGUGGAGAGGAAGAUAACAAAGCAGGGCAGUAAGUACAAACUGAAGAACUUUGAAGGGAAGACCAUAUCAACAAAGAAGAACGAUUUAACUCUCCUUCUCGACCAUUACAACAUCCAGGUGAACAACCCAGUGAGUAUUCUGAACCAGGAAAUGAGUAAGAAGUUCCUGGCUAGUACCGACCCCGGCUCUAAAUACAACUUCUUCAUGAAGAGCACGCACCUCGAGCAGAUGAUUCUUGAUUAUCAGAAACUGAAAUUCCAAGAAAUAAAGUACGACGCAAACCCGGAAGUACGAGAAUUCUCCACAGAAAAAGCAAAAUAA